AUGUGGAAGAAGAUCGCCAGUGAGCGUGCGAGGGGCAGCUGGUCGCCGGUUCUCUUCGUGGUACAAGAGGUCCGGGACGGCAAGCGGGUGGUGGAAGACGAGCUUAUCCUCAUCUGGCAUGCUGCUGACAAGGUAUGGUUUACCGACGAUAUGGAUGGGGAUGUGAGGUCGGCGGUGCACUGGGCGCCUCAAGAAAUCGACAUAGUGGCGAGAACAGCCGUUCUCAAGUCUGCAAUGAGGGACGGGUCUCCCUGA